AUGGAGCGGCUCUCUGGUGCACUUUUUCUACUUUCUUUCGUACUUUUAGAGGGGUCAACGCAGGAUUUCGGACAAACUCAGUUUAUCUGUACGUCAGUACCCAAGGAUAUGGACUUAUGUACAGCUACAAUGCAGAACAGUGGCCCGGCAGAGGAUUUGAAGACCACAGUAAUGCAGUUAAGAGAAACCGUGCUACAGCAAAAGGAGACGAUCAUGAACCAAAAAGAGACGAUCAGGGAACUAACAACCAAACUAAGUCGAUGUGAGGGGCAGAGUCUCCCGGAGCCCGGUCCGGGAGGCAGAAGGAAGGAACCGGGCUCCAAAAACACAAUGGGAGAUGUGUCCAGGGGUCCUACCGACACAUUGGCCCAACUGGGACAGACUUUAGCGACCCUGAAACAAAGACUGGAAAACUUGGAGCAAUACAGCAGAAACAACAACUCCGCUCAGACCAACAGUCUUAAGGACUUGCUUCAGAAUAAAAUCGACGAUAUGGAGAAGCAGGUUUUGUCCCGUGUGAACACUUUAGAGGAGAGCAAACCCGGGCAGAGGAACGACACGGACCAGCGCAACAGAGUGGAGUCAACCCUGACCUCCCUACACCAGAGAAUUACUGAUCUGGAGAAAGGUCAGAAAACCAACAGACCACUGGACAAAUUCCAACUGACUUUCCCCUUGCGCACGAAUUACAUGUAUGCAAAAGUGAAGAAGAGUCUGCCAGAGAUGUAUGCCUUCACAAUCUGCAUGUGGAUUAAGUCUAACGCCUCGCCAGGAGUGGGCACACCCUUCUCUUAUGCGGUCCCAGGACAGGCCAAUGAACUGGUGUUGAUCGAAUGGGGCAAUAACCCGAUGGAAAUCCUGAUUAAUGACAAGGUGGAGAAAUUACCGUUUCUUAUCAAUGACGGGAAGUGGCAUCAUAUCUGUAUCACCUGGACCACUCGCGAUGGUGUCUGGGAAGCUUAUCAGGAUGGUGCUUUGCGGGGCAGUGGAGAGAACUUGGCUCCUUACCAUCCCAUCAAACCACACGGUGUCCUGGUCCUAGGCCAAGAGCAAGACACGCUGGGUGGAGGAUUUGAUGCGACGCAAGCAUUCGUCGGUGAGCUGGCCAAUUUUAAUGUGUGGGAUAGGAAGCUGUCAUCGGGAGAAAUUUACAAUCUGGCAACCUGCAACAAUAGAGCACAAGUUGGCAACGUCUUCUCGUGGUCAGAGAGCAGCAUUGAAGUAUUUGGUGGCGCAACAAAGUGGACAUUUGAGCCUUGUCGUCAACUCAACUGA